GUGAAGACGUGUGGGUUUUAGGAACUGUGGUCCUGAAAAAGUGCCUACUGGUGAAACUGUGCAACAUUUAGAAGAUUUAAUAAAAUUCAGAUCGACGAUUAUCGAAUGAAAAGUGCAAAAAAGUAAAAAUCUUCCUGCAAUAUUUAGGACAUUGAAUGCAAGUGCUUUUAAAAGAGGCACGACAUUUAAAUCAAAAUAGAAAAAGUUUAAAAAUCAAUGACACCAAACUAAUAAGUUUCUAAAAGUAAAAACAGAAGCCAAAGUUUAACCAAAUAUCCUCGAAAAUCAUAUAGAAGCAACACAAAAUUAAAAAUAAAAUAAGAAGAUGGACAGCACAGAAGCAAUGGACGUCGAAAACGCAACAGAAAAGAACGACAAAAAACUCCCUUUCUCAAUAGAAAGUCUCCUUUCAGACAAAUUUAAUGAUAAAGAUACAAAUGAAGCAGGUGCAAGUGGUGAUAAUGAUAAAGUUUUCGAUUAUCCGAAAUAUGAUGAUGAUAAUGAUGAGUCGGAUGAUGAUAAAAGUGAUGUUGAUGUGGAGAGUUCGACGGAUGCGCAGGAGUUGGAUAAAGUUGCUGAUUAUCAACAAUCAAGCUCAUCCAGAGGCAAGCGCGCGCGCACCGCGUUUAGCGCUCAGCAGAUCAAGAGUUUAGAGGCAGAGUUCGAGAAAAACCGAUACUUGUCAGUAGCGGCCCGUGGUCGGCUGGCGAGGCAGUUACGGCUUACAGAAACACAGAUCAAAAUCUGGUUUCAAAACCGACGCACGAAAUGGAAACGGAAGUACACAAACGAUGUAGAACUACUCGCGCAGCAAUACUACAGCAGUCUUGGUAUCGUCGCUCCCCGACCGAUGUUCGUAGGCGACAGACUAUGGAUCUUUAAUUACCCUAACAGAAUCCCUCCUACGCAGCAACAGCAAUGGAUGAAAUCCAUCAACAACAUCACACAACCACAGAUACAAAGAAGCUUACCCUUUAAACCGGAAGUGCCGUUUCUGCCGCAGUAUCCGAACGAACGCUUUUUUCCUGAACGCAACCUUUUGGCACCUGUCAAAGUUCCCGCUCAAACGCGCCUUUUGCCGCGCGAAGUUUAUAGCAAUAUGGCGACGGCUCAAAGAAGUAUGGAUGUGUAUAAGAAUAAUAUUUUGAGUCAUAGUCCAACUCAGGAGAACGUUGAUCAUUUGAGGAGGUUAGAAGAGAAUUUUAGCAUCUAA